UUGGCCAACCCUCCUGAAGGAUGCUGGAGGCUGGAACGUUCCUAUCGGGCAGCAAACUGCCUUCCACAUCCUAGAGCAAGCUCUCCCCAUCUCCCAUAUCCUACGAAUCUUGCUGCAUUUUGAGCUGUCCUGUGGUUUCUGUGGACUAACGAAUCUCUCUGCAUACUCUGCCGGGUCAGGAGCCUUGACCAGUUAUGGUGAGGUGGUUUCAUCCCAACAUCAGCGGAAUUGAGGCGGAGAAGCUGCUCCUGACCAGGGGUGUCCAUGGCAGCUUUCUGGCUCGUCCCAGUAAGAGCAACCCAGGAGAUUUCACUCUCUCCGUCAGAAGGAACGACGAGGUGACACACAUUAAGAUCCAGAACACGGGGGAUUACUAUGACCUCUACGGAGGGGAGAAGUUUGCCACCCUUGCAGAGCUGGUGCAGUACUACACGGAGCAGCAGGGGCUGCUGCGGGAGAAGAACAGCAAUGUCAUCGAGCUGAAGUACCCCCUCAACUGCCAGGACCCCACCUCGGAGAGGUGGUACCAUGGGCACCUCACGGGCAAGGAGGCAGAGAAGCUUUUGACAGAGAAGGGGAAACCAGGCAGCUUCCUGGUGCGGGAGAGCCAGAGCAAACCAGGAGAUUUUGUACUGUCGGUGCUGACAAAUGAGGAUAAGAUGGAGACUGGGGACCGGAAACCGCACGUGACCCACGUGAUGAUCCACUACCAGCCAGACGGGAAGUAUGACGUGGGGGGAGGAGAGAGGUUUGACACCCUCACAGACCUGGUGGAGCACUAUAAGAAAAACCCCAUGGUGGAGAAAUCUGGAGCUGUGGUUCAUCUGAAGCAGCCGUUCAAUGCCACGCGCAUCAAUGCAGCUAACAUUGAAAACAGAGUGAAGGAGCUGAACAAAAUGGCAGAUCACAGUGAGAAGGCCAAGCAAGGGUUCUGGGAAGAGUUUGAGAUGCUGCAGCAGCAAGAGUGCAAGCUCCUCUACCCCAGGAAGGAGGGACAGCGACCCGAGAACAAGGCUAAGAAUCGCUACAAGAACAUCCUUCCCUUUGAUACCACACGUGUGGCACUCCGAGACGCAGAUGAGAGCGUGCCUGGGUCAGACUACAUCAACGCCAACUAUAUCAAGAGCAUCCCUGAAGAUGGAAGGAACUCAGAGCACUGCAAGAUCUAUAUAGCCACCCAGGGCUGCCUGCAGACAACAGUGAAUGACUUCUGGGCCAUGGUGUAUCAAGAGAACAGUCACGUUAUUGUCAUGACAACCAAGGAGGUGGAGCGGGGCAGGAACAAAUGUUUCCGUUACUGGCCAGACAAGAGCUGCACCAAGGAAUACGGGUGCAUCUGCGUGCGGAACGUGAGCGAGCGCGAGGCCCAGGGCUACUACCUCCGGGAGCUGGAGAUCCUGCGGACUGACAGGGAUGAGCGCCCGAGACUGGUGAAGCACUAUCAGUAUUUUAGCUGGCCAGACCACGGGGUGCCCAAUGAGCCAGGAGGGGUUCUGAGCUUUCUGGACCAAGUGAAUCGGGCACAGCGAAGCAUUCCAGACACGGGGCCGAUCAUAGUGCACUGCAGUGCUGGAAUAGGACGCACAGGCACCAUCAUAGUGAUAGAUAUUCUGGUGGAUAUUAUUCACAGGCAAGGUUUGGACUGCGAUAUCGACAUCCCCAAAACUAUCCAGAUGGUCCGCAGGCAGCGCUCGGGCAUGGUGCAGACAGAGGCACAGUACAAGUUUGUUUACAUGGCUGUUCAGCAGUACAUUGAGGCUGAGCAGAAGAGGUUGGAAGAAGAACAGAGGAAUAAAAGGAAAGAGCGAGACUACUUGAAUAUUGGCUACUCUCCUAUGGAAAAAGGCAGAGCCAAAGGGCAGCCCCCGUCACCACGGACCCAGUCUGUGGCUGAUGAUGAGUCGGCUUCCGUCUACGAGAACCUUAACAUCAAAAGCCCAAAGGUUUCAGGGAUGAGUAAUACAGGGCGAUAAAGGAGCCGGAGGUGAGCUGUGUGGAGGCUGUACAGGAUUUACAGUGUUUACGUCCACCCUUUCCAAGUUCUGCGACUGCGGACAAUUUUUUUUGCCCGUCUUGCCUGCCCCAAGCACCUUGGAUUCAGCCAGGAAGAAGCUGACUUUAAGAAACAAAGUCUGCGCCUAAGAACAUGCCUUGGCCUAACUUAUUCAUGAGAAGGAUCUUCUCCCGUUCUCCCCUGUAUCAGUAGGAUGAUAUUUAUGUGGAAGUGCCUCUGGACAUUCAUUAGGACAUCAAGGCUCAGUUUUAAUUUUUUUUUUUUUAAUUUAAGAUUCUUAUUUUUUACACAUAAGUUGUUAAAAGGAAUGGAAAAUGACUAUUUGCUUAGGAGCUUCCCAGGGUUGCCCACUUAGGGUGUUAGUAAACUGUUAGUCCGGUUUAAUGUUUUCAUUAGGUCAAUCAUUUCUAAGCUAGAAGUGUUUUUAGACUAAAUCCUGGAGUAAUUUUGCUGCCUGUGAGGGUGAGAAAUAGAGAGCGCUGCCUGGACCCAGGUAUUUGCCCCUCUGUUGACUCUUCUUCUCACACUUUUUUUGGCUGUACCAGCUCUAGAUUUCUAUGCAGCCCUGCCAGAGCACCCCGAGCGAUCCCUGCUGCUGUGGUGCAGCAGAUCCGUGCGUGUGUGUGUGCCCGAGCUCCUGCUAGAGCCGCUCUGCGUCGAGGGGUCGCAGCAGGACCGAGAGGGGAGCCUCUCCUUCUUCAGCCGUGUGGGCCUGAGCCUUGAGCUAAGCGAGAUCCCACCGAGCUGAUGGGUGCCCAAGAGUAGGAAAGCAGCUUUGUGCGCUGUGCUGUUAGCCACCCCUAGCGAGUAACAGCCUGGGAUACUAAUCUGAGCUGAACUUUUGGAGCUGGGUCCUUCCAAGCUUGAUGCAGCUCUGCCAUUACCUUGCUGCGUGACUUUUUUUUUUUUUUUUUUUUUUUUUUUUUCCCCUUUUAUCCCCUUGCGACUAUAUGACGAGGCAAGUGUUGUGUCUGCUGAGUAGGGGUGUUGUAGGAGUGUUUGUGACUUGAGCAGUGCCGUGAAGAUGAGUGUGUCACUGCGUGGGGUAUCCCAGCUCUAGUUGAUAAGCUCCCAGUUGAUAAAUCCUGUGACUGCCAGCGCUUCCUGCUGUUCCAGCCUGCAAAUAGUCCUGCCAGAGAAACCCCUCCUGUGGAUUCGUGGGGGUCUGAGAUAUGCUCUAGGGGGAGCCUUGGGUCUGAGGGCCCGUGCCUGAACCCCCAGAGCACGCGUGGGGCUGGUGCUGGGAAUCCUCCCGGGUCUCUGGGACGGGAUGGGCUGCCGGCAUGGUUGGGCUCUUAGUGCCCAAGCGUUGAGCAGAAGGGCUUGAACAAAAGCACAAUGACAAACCUUGGCU